AUGCACCACUUCACCCAUCUGGUUCGUUAUCCCUCUCCCUUAAUGUAUGCGAUCGACAAUGGAGAUGAUGGCCACCACUACUACUCCAUUACUCACAUGGAUUACCAUAUCACUCAUAUCUCCUCUCCGCCACCAUCGCCGACCCACGCGCCGCCCGUCAACGAUACCCAUCUGAUCCUGCUCCUUCUUGGUUCAGUCCCAAAAGGUUGUCUGAUGAUGGAUCAUGUAGGAUUUGGGAUGCUAGGCAUUCUCAAUUCAGUCCAAGAAUAUACAUUCCUAAGCCUCCUUAACCUCAACCAGGUUGCUUUGGCAAAGCAGAGAGUUGAUGAGUACAUAUAUACUCAGAUGAUGCGGGAAACUGGUGGUCAGCAGUCCAUGGUUGAUGAAAGCGAAUAG